UCAUUCCCUUUUCUUCCGUGGCAAGGGUCUUAAUAACACAAAGCUAGCUAGAGCUACCUUCCCUUCAAACCUUCCUUCUUUUCUCUUCUCUCUUUUUUCAAUCGAGGGAAUAUUUAUCAUAUUCUGAAACCAUGACUCACGACCCUCGUUUGAUUUUUGCUGCUGGACUUCUAGGGAACCUUGUCUCCUUCUGUUGCUUUCUAGCACCAGUACCAACAUUUUAUAGAGUUUGUAAGAAGAAAACCACGGAAGGUUUCCAAUCACUUCCUUAUGUGGCUGCACUCUUCACUUCAAUGCUUUGGAUUUUUUAUGCCUACAUAAAGACGGGCGAAAUACUUCUCAUCACCAUCAAUGCAUUCGGAUGUUUCAUUGAGACAGUUUACCUUGUCAUCUAUAUCACUUAUUGCCCCAAGAAAGCAAGGUACUUUACCUUGAAGAUGAUUUUCUUGUUCAACGUUGGGGUGAUUUUCUUGGUUAUUCUUCUCACCCACGUUCUAGCAAAAGAACGCACAGCACGUAUCGAGCUUCUUGGAUGGAUUUGUGUUGUCCUUUCUACCAGUGUGUUUGCAGCACCUCUGAGCAUUAUUAAAGUGGUUAUUCGCACCAAAAGUGUUGAGUUCAUGCCGAUCACUCUCUCACUCCUCCUCACAGUAAGUGCAAUUAUGUGGAUGGCAUACGGUAUUCUCCUGAGGGACAUCUAUGUUACACUUCCGAACUUUGUGGGUGUGACAUUUGGAACAAUUCAGAUAGUGCUCUACUUAAUAUACAGAAAGAACAAGCCCGUGAAGGAUGAAAAGGUGCCAGAACAGAAAGACGAUGUUACCAACAAUGACGAAAACGCUAACACUACUGCGAGUGAUGGGAGUGGACUGGUUGAUAUCGAGCUUGGAGAGAAGAAGGAAGAGAAGCACGUUGAGAAAAUAGAGAAAAAACAGGAGCAAGUUGUUAACGCUCGUGACCAAACACAACUCAACAAUAAUAGCAACAAAACAAGGGAAGGAACUCAGCUACGUGUAACAACAUAAGGAAGGGAUAUACAUGUGCACGUGUCAUGCCUCUUUCUCUCUCUCUCUCUCUCUGCCACCGUAUGUUGUUCAAAUUCGUCUGAAAUCUCGAAAGGGUUCGAGGGGCAGAGACGAUAUGAUCAAUUAUGCACUAUAGAUCGAUAUCUAUGUCUUUAUCUCUUUGCCUUGUCAUUAGUUUCUUUUUUUAAUGUAAUUUCUGCUUCUUCUUUUUUGUGUGUUAUUAAGCACCGAAUAUAAAAUAAUAAGUUCACACAAGUUGUCCCCAAAUCUUAUUGCAAGGAGCUAUCCCACGAACUGAUUGAAUCAGAAUGAAUACA